AUGAUGGCAUCAGGACCCUUCACUUCUCGAUUGGGAUCCCUGACUCCUCCAUGCAAACCGAGCGAGCCCAUCUUCGUUGAUGAGCCACUGCCGGACCUCCCUGUCACAAGUUUGAAGCCACCUAAGAUUUGUGGCUUGGAACCCGCUGGCGAAGGACGGGCAGUGAAAAGCUUUGAGGGUUACUUCAUUGUGGGCAAUAUCCAGGAUGGCCUCAAAUCUCCUCGCCAUUCCUAUCACCAGUGGCAGGUCCCUGAUGACAUCCCAGACGAUGUGGCAAUUGCGCCCAAUCGCUUGCUCCAUGAGAUCAAACACCGACAAUUUCAGGACUUCCUGGAAGAGAAAAUCUACGGCCAACCUCGCAAGUUCAAGAAGGAGAUUGAGCUCCACAGACGUAUUUUGAACGUGUCUGAGGGUCCCGGUCGACAAAUUUCGGUUGCCUCAGCUGCUGCCCGGAACGAGGCGUUUGUGGUUGCACGGCGGAAUGCUUUGCCCUUGUUGGAUGGACCUUUGGUGGCGGAAGUCAUGGCAAAACGUUUUGCAUCGUUUUGCCAUGACUUCCGCCACCAAAGGUCCGCCUGCUUGCGAACCAACCUGGAUGACCAUGUCACUGCGGCUGCGCGCGUUCUGCAAAUCGCAUGGCUAAGCCUGCGCUAUCCUCGAUAUGUGAAGCCUUACGGCGCCUUACGGAGGUUCCUGCCUGCAGCUCCUGCGAUAAGCAGUGGCUCGGUGGCUCCCGUGCCCCCUUUGCUCAAGGUCGGAAAUUGCCUUGCCGACUCAGACACCCAUCGCACGUGCCGCAAGUCGCAAAACAUGGGAGCAAUCGGCCGCUACAAUGAUAAG